CACGCGUCGAACUUGUUGUUCAUCCUCUCGCCGCGGCUGUCGCCACUGCCUCAGGGAGUGACUUCCGCUCCACCGGGUCCCUCAGCCUUAGGUCCGGGUACUUCCGGUUUUGCGCGGGGCACAGCGGAACGUCCACGCGCAGGCCCGGUUUGGGGGCGGCUAUCUCGGGACGCCAGCCCAGGGCGGCUGCGCAGAGGGUUGGCUUCAGCGGCAGAGCUGGCUUCAGGCCUCAGGUUUGUGGCCGUCCAGGUCCCGUGACCCGCCCGCUCUCCUAAGGGAGCGUGUCCAGGCGUCCUCCCGCAGCGCCUCCGAAAAAAGGCAGCACUGCGUCGUUGACAGCGCGGGCUCUGGACUCGCUGCCUGAUUGUUCCCCAUCUUUCUACCUCUUCUUGGGCCUCUCUAUUCCUUGAGACACAACAAUAUUGAGAUUAGGCGAAUUAAUAACUCUGCAAUGGCCUCUAAGUGCUCAAGAGAAAGGAAGAGUCGCACGUCUCUCACUUUAAAUCAAAAACUAGAAAUGAUUAAACUCAGUGAGGAAGGUAUGUCAAAAGCCGAGAUAGGCCGAAGGCUAGGCCUCCUGCGGCAAACAGUUAGCCAAGUUGUAAAUGCAAAGGAAAAGUUCUUGAAGGAAGUUAAAAGUGCUACUCCAAUGAACACACGAAUGAUACGAAAGCGAAACAGCCUUAUUGCUGAUAUGGAGAAAGUUUUAGUGGUCUGGAUAGAAGAUCAGACCAGCCACAACAUUCCCUUAAGCCAAAGCCUAAUCCAGAACAAGGCCCUAACUCUCUUCAACUCUAUGAAAGCUGAGAGAGGUGUGGAAGCCACAGAAGAAAAGUUUGAAGCUAGCAGAGGUUGGUUCAUGAGGUUUAAGGAAAGAAGCCGUUUCUACCACAUAAAAGCACAGGGUGAAGCAGCUAGUGCUGAUGUAGAAGCUGCAGCAAGUUAUCCAGAAGCUUUAGCUAAGAUCAUUGAUGAAGGUGGCUACACUAAACAACAGAUUUUCAAUGUAGAUGAAACAGCCUUCUAUUGGAAGAAGAUGCCAUCUAGGACUUUCAUAGCUAGAGAGGAGAAGUCAGUGCCUGGCUUCAAAGCUUCAAAGGACAGGCUGACUCUCUUGUUAGGGGCUAAUGCAGCUGGUGACUUUAAGUUGAAACCAAUGCUUAUUUACCAUUCUGAAAAUCCUAGGGCCCUUAAGAAUUAUACUAAAUCUACUCUACCUGUGCUAUAUAAAUGGAACAGCAAAGCCCGGAUGACAGCACAUCUGUUUACAGUGUGGUUUACUGAAUAUUUUAAACCCACUGUUGAGACCUACUGCUCAGAAAAGAAGAUUCCUUUCAAAAUAUUAUUGCUCAUUGACAAUGCCCCUAGUCAUCCAAGAGCUCUGAUGGAGAUAUACAAGGAGAUUAAUGUUGUUUUCAUGCCUGCUAACACAACAUCCAUUCUACAGCCCAUGGAUCAAGGAGUAAUUUCGACCUUCAAGUCUUAUUAUUUGAGAAAUACGUUUCAUAAGGCUCUAGCUGCUGUGGAUAGAGAUGUCUCUGAUGGGUCUGGGCAAAGCAAAUUGAAAACCUUCUGGAAAGGAUUCACCAUUUUAGAUGCCAUUAAAAACAUUCGUGAUUCAUGGGAGGAGGUAAAAAUGUCAACAUUAACAGGAGUUUGGAAGAAGUUGAUUCCCACCCUCAUUGAUGACUAUCAUGGGUUCAAGACUUCAGUGGAGGAAGUAAGUGCAGAUGUGGUGGAAAUAGCAAGAGAACUAGAAUUAGAAGUAGAGCCUAAAGAUGUAACUGAAUUGCUACAAUCUCAUGAUAAAACUUUAACAGAUAAGGAGCUGUUUCUUAUGGAUGCGCAAAGAAAGUGGUUUCUUGAGAUGGAAUCUACCCCUGGUGAAGAUGCUGUGAACAUUGUUGAAAUGACAACAAAGGAUUUAGAAUAUUACAUAAACUUAGUUGACAAAGCAGCAGCAGGGUUUGAGAGGAUUGACUCCAAUUUUGAAAGAAGUUCUACUGUGGGCAAAAUGCUAUCAAACAGCAUCGCAUGCUACAGAGAAAUCUUUCAUGAAAGGAAGAGUCAAUUGAUGAGACAAACUUCACUGAUGUCUUAUUUUAAGAAAUUGCCACAGCCACCCCAACCUUCAGCAGCCACCACCCUGACCAGUCAGCAGCCAUCAACCUCGAGGCAAGACCCUCCACCAGCAAAAAGAGUACGACUCACCGAAGGCUCAGAUUGAUCAUUAGCAUUUUUAGCAAUAAAGUAUUUUAAAUUUAGGUAUGUAUAUUGUUUUAUUAGACAAUGCUAUUGCACUCUUGCUAGUCUACAGUAUAGCAUAAACAUAACUUUUAUGUGCGUUGGGAAAUCAAAAACAUUCAUGUGACUUGCUUUCUUGUGUUGGUCUGGAACUGAACCUGCAAUAUCUUUGAGGUAUACGUCUUCCUACCUCCUUAGGUUACUGUAUGGAUCCCAUGAGACAGUAACCUAUAGUAAUGGCCCCCAAUUUGAGUGCUUACUGUGUACAAGGAGCUAAUCCUUUGCCUUCUGAGGCUUUCAGAGAGGUUGAGAGACUUGUGCCAGAUACGCAGAUAGUAAGGGGCUUAUGGGAAGCUGAAAUGACCCCACUGUCACCAGAUUCCCUCCCUGAUCGAAGUUCUUCCCCACUCUCCCUAACUCCUCUAGGACUCUAGGGCUCUGACUCUGCUCUUGCUUCAAACACACUGCGCAUGCACAAGCACAGACCCACACUGGAGUAAAUAAAAUGAACUUGCUGGUGAUUGAACCCCAAAGACAGCAAUCCUGUGCUUGGAGGGAGGGCAUGUUUCCAAGGUCCCCUCCUGCGAUCAUAUCCUGUUGUCAGGCCUUUAUGUGGCACUUUCACUUUUUUUUUAGUUUUGUAAUUUUUUUUUUUUGA